UUCCCACAAUGCAGUCCGAGCUGCUCUUCACCGCCUCCGCGCCGCUUUACCACGAUGAACGACCCCGGGCUUCAUGAGCCCGCGCAGAACGCCGCUCAAGAUGUGGAAAAGAAUACGUACGAGGCUGAUAAGGACGGAGCCGUCAAGGAGGAGCGGACUUUUCUGGAUCCAAGUCGAUAUUGGUUAGCCUCUACUGCAUGUCCGCUGGUUGCAGGCACCUUUGGGCCCAUCGCAAAUGCCUUUAGUAUAUGUGCCUUGGUCGAAAAGUGGAGAGUAUAUAUCCCUCCUGGAUCAGACGAGGGCCACAGCGAGAAAGUCGAAGAUCCCAAAUGUUAAGCUCAUCGCGGUUAAUUCCGUGUCUCUGAUAUUCGCCCUUGCCGCCAAUAUUGCCCUUUUGCUCAACAUGACUCGCCGUAUCAGUUUUGCUAUAGCCCAGCCCAUCACAAUUGUCGGCUGGUUCAUGGCUUCAUUCCUGCUCAUCGCUCUCGCAUCCGUGGCUUCCACUUCACUGUUUCGAUUGCAGCCAUUAUCCCAGCAUGCUUUGAGCCAAGCAUACUACUAUGGCAUCAUUGCUGCUGCACUAUAUUUCAUCAUCGCGUCAAUGCUCGUAAUUACUGUAGUCGGCGCAUACCGAGGACACUACCCCAAAGAAUUCAGGUUGACGUCAAGCCAGAGGACUCUGAUGCUUCAGACUAUAAGCUUCAUGUUCUACAUACUUACUGGAGCUCUGGUUUUCUCCAAGGUCGAAGGGUGGAAGUACUUGGACGCUGUGUAUUGGGCCGAUUUCACCCUCCUCACUGUUGGUGUGGGCGGCGAGCAUGUACCGCUGACACAUACUGGUCGAACUUUGUUGUUCUUCUACGCGAUCGGUGGAAUCAUGAUGGUCGGUCUCGUUAUAGGAUCAGUACGAUCUUUGGUACUAGAAAGAGGCAAAGAGAAGAUGUCUGCUCGUUUUGUCGAACUCAAACGAGAGAAGGUCCUGAACUCGAUUGAUCCCGAUGAGCAGACGAUCAAGUUGGGUCUUUUCGAGAAUAUCACAUUCACAACCAAGGGUCUGGAUGAGUCCCAACGAAGAGAGCAAGAGUUUCGCAUCAUGCGCCGAGUUCAGCAGAAAGCCGAGCGCAAGAGAAGAUACACGGCACUAGCCAUGUCUUCGACAGCGGCGCUUUCGCUGUGGUUACUUGGGGCGCUCGUCUUUAUGCAUUCAGAAAAACCGCAGGGGUGGUCGUACUUUGUUUCUCUGUAUUUCGCAUACACCUCGCUUCUGACCAUUGGGUACGGUGAUUACACAUUGUCGAGUAAUUCCGGAAAGGCAUUUUUCGUGUUCUGGAGUUUAUUAGCUGUUCCGACACUCACUAUACUCAUCUCGAAUAUGGGAGACACGGUGAUCAAAGCCUUCCGCGAUCUCACCAUCUGGAUUGGUUCGCUUACCGUUUUGCCCGGCGAACAAGGUAUUCGUUCUACUCUAGGCAUCGGUGUGGGGAAACUCCGCCACGGCAAGCUUUAUAGUCCGAAGGAAGAAGACAAAGAUGGAAAAGCCGUCGGAGCAUCGGAGCAAAAGAUACUAGACCGACUAGCAGACAGCGUUGAAAAGGAGGAACUUGGGGAAGCCGAAGAAGCGGAAGAACAGGGCGAUUACCUAGAACGCGACAUACACUUCUAUCACUACAUACUCGCAAAAGAAGUUGGGCAGCUUACUAGGGACAUUCACGCAUCACCACCGCGACAGUACACCUAUCAGGAAUGGAAUUACUACCUUCGCCUACUUGGCCAGGACGAGAACGACGAAAGACUACAUAGAGAACCGAAAGUACACCAAAAGCGAAGGGAGGGUGACCAACCCGACCUUGGAACUGCGAAUGAGGGUGGGGACUCUAGGUGGAGUUGGUUGGGUAUUCGGAGCCCACUAAUGGGCAAUCAGAAUGAAGCUCAAUGGCUCCUCCAGCGCAUGUCUUUGACUCUGGAGCGGGAGAUGCAGAAGCAACGGUCGCCACAUGCAAAGAAAGAACCGCCUCCGAUAUCGAUGGCGAACCUAAACCGAAAACGUGAUUCGGACUCCACAUCUGGCCAUCAGACGGAAUUACGGGAAAAUGUUGGUGCUGCAGAGUUGAGGCGGCGUGGACACAACGACGAGGUGUGA